AUGAUCGAGGAUGACGCUACGCAAGUUAUAAUUGUUCCUCCUGAACUAUUUAGUCAAUCGUACUGGACAGAGGAGCUAUCGGCUGACUGGGUAAUAGUGCAAAACCCGGGUUCCGAUACUGAACACCUGACUGAUUUGGAUGACGCAGAACAUGAACAGGAGGGCGAAAUUAAUUUCAGUUUUGGCUACGCAGACGGCUUUCUUCUGUUCGCAGCGGUCUAUUUACCCCUCAGAGGGAAUGUGAUUAUUAUGGACGCACAACCAAAUUGUGGCGAUAAAUAG